AUGACUACAGUAAAGAAAACAUUAUAUGUAGGAGGUUUGGACGAUAAUGUUACAGUGGACACACUGCGAGGUGCUUUCAUUCCUUUUGGCGAGAUCAGAGAUAUAUCAUUACCUUUAGAUUAUAAAACACGUAUGAAUCGAAUCGAAUUCAUAAUCAAUAAAUCAAUCAAUCUAUUAAAAAGAAUAGUAUUAACAUUUAAAUUUGAUACAAGAGAGGAUGCAUUGGAUGCCGUAGACAAUAUGCACGACAGUGAAAUCUUUGGUAGAACAAUAAAUUGUACAAUAGCAAAACAAUCGACUGUAGAUAAAAAUAAAUCACAAAUGGAUCACCAACAACAUUUUCAACCAUACUUAAACAUUUAUCAUCAAGUUGCUACAAAGAAAAGUCUAUAUGCUAUCGUAUUUGAAAUACACCCGCGAGGAGAAUCACCAGAGUUUAACCCAGCUCUUUUUCUCCCUCUUGGACAUAGAGACCGUGGUACUGAAACAAGACAAUCAUUUUAUAUUCUUUUCCGCGAAGCUUUAUUAGAAUUAGGUUACAGUAAUGAACUAUAUGGUAUGUACACACGUGAGUGCACAUAG